AUGUCAUCACGACACUCAGCAGCCCGGCCGAAGCGGGAGGGCGAAAACUUUGCGAGAACGCAUCACCACGACGAGGAUGGCCACGACUCAAAGAAGCUCAAAUUCGACGUGCGCAACCCGUCCGCCCUCGCGCCCGAUGCGCCGGACGACGAUGCGAUCCUCGACGCCGACGUCAUCGGGGUGGGCGCCGGCGCGACGAAACGAGGCGCCGUGAACCUGGACGGCUACGACAGUGAUUCCGACAACGAGCGCAACUUCAAGGGUCGUGCGGCGGAGCGCUCCCUCGGGAAGAAGGGCGAUGCGAACUUCCUCGACCAGCUCGAUAACUACGACGCCAAGAACGAGCCGGGCGGCGCGAAGAAUAACGCAAAAGCGAGCAAGGACGAUGAUGACGAUGACGAUAUGUUCGCGGCGGACGACGAUGACGAGCAGGGAGGCGAGGCGGCGGCGGACGAGGCGACGAAGGCGGGGAAGAAGGACAAGGCUGUCCGCUUCCUCGACGACGACCAGAUCCAAGGCCAGGAAUUGCACAGCAAAAGUGGAGGCCAGAUCCGGUUAGAUGACGAAGAGAGCAGCGACGACGAGGCCGACAAGGAACUUGCGAUCGAGGGGGAGGGCAUCGACGAAGAGGUCGGCCUCGGCGGUCUCAAGCGGAAUGCGCCCAAGGUCGAGGCCUUCAACAUGAAGGAGGAACAAGAAGAGGGCCGAUUCGACGAGGACGGCAACUAUAUCAGGAAAGCCGUGGACCCCAACGCUGUACACGACAAAUGGCUUGAGGGCCUGAGCAAGAAGGACAUGAAGAAGGCGGCGGAGGCGCAUGAGAAGCGCGAGGCCGAGGCGCGGAGGUUACGGAUGGAAAACGACGACAUACUCACGACAGAUCUCCUCAAGGCGCUCAUACUAAGGCUAGAGAGGGGUGAGACGCCGUUGGAGGCGCUGGCAAGGUUGGCUAAGGGGCAGCCAAAGCAGAAGAAGAUACCCAAGUGGAAGCUGAAGAAGAUGAACAAGGGGGCCGACGAGGCCAUGGAUGUCGACCAUGAGAAGGAGAUGACGCCUGAGCAAGUGAAGAGGAAGGAGGCCAUUGAGGCCAUCACCGAUGCCGCGGAUAAGUUACUGAGCCGAGACCGUGUCGAGAUUUACGACGAGGAGAGGGAGAUGCUCGUCCGUGAGUGGCAGCGGGAGACGGGCGAGGAGUGGGUAGAGCCCAAGGAGGAAGCCACAGCGGAGGAUGCGUCAACCAAGAUGUGGGAGUUCAGAUGGACGGAUGGUCGCGACGGCGCCGACAAACAGGGUCCAUUCGACGGCCCUACGAUGAAGGCAUGGCAAGACGCCGGGUACUUUGGCGAGGGCGUCGAGUUCCGCUCGGUUGGCGAAGAUGGCUGGAGCAGAAUUGCUACGUUUGUAUGA